AUGGUCAAAUGUGCCAUGGCGGAGGCCUCGGUGCGGGCCGACACCGCGCGCUCGGCGUUGGAGCGGCUCCGGGCGCAGCACGUGCGGGUGGAUCUGUUCCACGUGUCCGGGCUUCUGCGGGGAGUGUCCUGGCGACAAGCCUUGCAACUGCGCAGCGAUGCAGAAGACGAGGGGCUCCAGCCCAAUGUGGUCUUCGACACGGCUUGCCACUUCGGUGCCUCCCCCAGCGCGUGGCCCAGGGGGCUGCGGCUCAUUGGUGCACAGAUGGAUCUGCUGGCGCUCAACAAGGCCCUCGCUGUGGCCAGUUGGACCUGCAGCCUUGCCCUGCUGACGUGGGGUCAAACGCAUCGCCUCCACGAUCACAUCUCCACCAACAGCGCAGCACGCGCCGUGUGCGCCGCCCACGACGGCACCGCGAGUCGCUGGCGUCAAGUGCUGCGCUUGGCAGGUUCCGGCGACGUGGUGGGCGCCAGCAGUGCCCUCAGCGCUUUCGCUUCGGUGACCGCUUGGCGAGAAGCCUUGGCACUCCUAGGCAGCUUGGAGCUUCGCACGCUGCGCGUCAACGAGAUCAGCGUUCAGGCGGCGCUUGGCAGCUUCGCCAGCGAUCGUUGGCGUGGAGCUGCUGAGAUCUUGAGCUCAAUGAGGGUGAAGGCCAUGAGGCCUGACUUGGUGGGUUACACCUCCAUGCUCAUGACUUGUCAACGACGGUGGAGGGAGGCGCUGCAGCGGUGGCAGCGCAUGGUCGAGGCGCCCGACCUGUCGGUGAACAUGGUGUCACUGACGGCGGUGUUGAGCGCCUUGGACUUUGAGGAAAAGUGGCCAAAGAGUCUAGAGCUGCUGAUGAGGCACCGUGCUGCGCGCUCCCCUGCGGCAUUGAACUGUAUGCUCAGUGCAGCUCGAAACGCCUGGCGCCAAGCGCUGGGAGCCUUGCGGAGGAGCCGAGAGUGGCAGCUGCGCGCUGACUCCUUGGCUGUGGCGCAGCUGCUCAGCUGCGAGCAGGUGCCCUGGCAUUGGGCCGUCCAGCUCUUGCCUGAGUCCGAACGCGGCUUGCAAGGAGCGCUGAAGGCGGCAGGUCCGCAAUGGAGCCUGGCAGUCGAAGUGCUUGGGAGGAUGGAUGAGACUGAGGAGCGACCUGAAGCCACAAGCCUUGCCCGGGUGGUGGAGUCCGCCUACUCUGCCGCAGACCGCAGCGGUGGUGCGUUGGCGCAGCGGCUGCAAAGCUCCGCGGUGGAGGUCUGCGGUGGUGAUUCCGCGACGGAGCUCAGGCAGGAGGAGGGCGAGGCGUUACGCCAUGGCUUGGACUGCGCCUUCACCGAGGACCGGGUGGAUUGGCCCCGAAUCUUGGGAGCCCUUCACGACGUGUCGCUGAACUAUUCCCAUUCCUCGGUCAUGAUCACUGCAGGCCAGUUGUACGCCCAGCUGGAGGGCGACCGUGAACGAGACCCUGCUGCCGAUGGGUGCUGGAUUGGGGUCUUCACGGUGAAGUUGGUGGUGGUGUUGCUGACCUUGCACCAUGAGAAGAUCUUUCUGGAAGGUGUCCAUGACGACCGCCUCCAAGCAGGCUUUCAGCAUCUGAAGGACGUGUCCCUGGUGCAUUUGCUCCGAUCUCCCUUUGCGUUCAGCCUCUUGCAGGCACUGAGCGCUUAUAGUCAGAGUGCUCGCGAGGCCUGCCCACUUCUGCAGGGGCCACCGGGUGCCAAUGAUGUACCGGACUCUUUGAUCUCGACCCACUGGGCCACCUUGCGCUGCAUGCGUUUCAGAGGUGGUCCUCUGGCCUCCUGGCAGCUGUCCGCCACAGCCACAUCCUCCUCACCUUGGUGUGCACUACAGGAGCCUCGUCCUCCUGCUGUACCGCCCAGCAUGCUCUUGCGUACAGAGCAAGAGGAGGCCGAGAUCAAGCAGCUGCUGAUCCCUCUUUGGGAGGCCUUGCAGGAGGACUUGCCGCGAGGGCGGCCCUCAGGGCGCUUGGUCCAGGCAGCUGGCGCUUACUUCCAACAGGAGCGCUUCUCUUGUGCAGAGGUCGAAGCUGCAGCUGCUUUGGUGAUUGCCUGGGCAAAGUUGAUUCCAGCAGACCAGGCAGUGAUGGCCGUGGACGAGUCGCUGCGAUCCUUGCGGUUUCCCCAGGCGGUCUUCACCAGGUGGCCCAUUUGGGAGCUCAUGGGACGCUUGUCCCCCGCGCCGCGAGGAUGGAGCAGCACCAAAGGCUUCAGGGCCAACCUUUGCUUGAGCUUUGAGCCCUGUAAGAGGACAGUGGCCUUCUACAAGAAGCGCCGGCGGACGCUGGAGCACUUGGACUGUCCAGCGCCCUCGCGGAUGCGCUUCACCUACCGCUCUGGUGUGCUCCGCUUGGAGAACAGCUUGAUGGAGCUUGCGGAGGAGUCCGACGGUCUGCUUUUGCUCCCAGAGUUGAGGCUCUUCGACCUCUCCAAAUCUCUGCAGAGGGUUCUGCCCCAGGAGUUCCACCAUGCAAAGAGGUUCAUCGAGCAGCGCAUCGUCACGCCGAAAGACCUUCCACUGAAGUUGGGAUGGGAUGGGGUGCAAAUCAACAGCCGGGAGCACCAACGUCGCCAUGGCGACACUUUCUUGGAGCCCAGCCGCUUGGGAAAGAGGCGGCAGACAAGGAACCACGCAGGCGCCUCGGUCUAUUUUUUGGUGCUCGAGAGCACCUCCCGGGCGGCCUUCGAGGCACUUUGUCCAAGAACCAUGGCCUUUCUCCGUCGGCAACACGCGAAGCCUCGGCCUGUACACUUCGCUCCUAAGGGUGUACAAGAAGGGCGGACCUUUCGAGUCGCAGAUCUAACGCUCCUGCACUCCCUUUUCUCCGGCACGGCUGCCAACAUGCUGGCCGCCCUCAGUGGUUUUAGUUACGAUGACCAGAGAGACUCUGAUCGACGAGCCUCCUGGCAGUGCCAAACGGUGUUGGCCGGAGUGCCCGAGGAGCGGCUCAUCUGGAGAAUCGCCCAAAGACAUGGCUACCGCACCUUGUUCGGCUCCACGGCGUGCAACGGUUUGUUGGGGACUCGUUAUUGCUUGCAUCACUUGAAGCAGUUUGACCGUGUGGUGCCAUCCCUGGAGGUCGACCCAAACUGCUACAGCCAAAAUGAAUGGCACCAGCUCCUAACUGACAGGAAUGGAAACCGUGGUUGUGUCGGAGAGAAGCGGCCACACCAGCAUGUGCUGGACUACGCCCUCCGGUUUCAGGAGAUCCACGCGGACGUUCCAAUCUUCGCCUACUUGCACUUGGAGACCACCCAUGAAAGUCAAGAUGCAUUGCAGCUGCUGGACCAAGCGCUCGUGGAGCACCUUGAAGGGCUUGCCAGGCUUCCGCUGGAGGCGCAGCCUGUGGUGGUCUUGGCGGGUGAUCAUGGCCCCGCCACCCAAUGUGACGAGAGCUUUCCUCUGGUCACCGUGUUAAUGCCCGAAGUGCGCUUUCCCGACGAGGGCUGCAGAGGCGGAAGCAGCAACUGUGGCCUUCCGAAGCUCCCAGAGAAUAUCUCCAGGAGUUUAAGGCGCCACUACCAGGACCAUGGGAAGGCUUGGAGAUCCUACUGGUGGAAUCUCGAGUACAAUCGCUUUCUGAUCACUUCAUGGUACGACCUGUAUGCCACCUUUUGGCAUCUCAUCAGCGGUGAGAAUCCCAAAGGAGAGGCGCAAAAUCGUUUCCAACCUGAUACCCCAGACCAGUGGGCGCAGUCACUCCUGGUGAAAGGCUCCAAAGAGAGGACCUGCACACAAGCGGGCGUACCCUUGUGGCACUGUACCUGCGCACGCAGCUGGGAAGGUUGGUGUCCUUUAGCCCAUCGUGGGCAAGAGGAGGUGUCAAAACGAGCUUUAGCAGAGGCGCAGCGCACGAUGGAGGCGGCGGCGCGGAAGCUGCGCAUCGACAGCUCCAUGUGUCGUCCGCAGACGCUCGACCGCAUGCUGAGCUGCGAAUCACAGCUGGACAGCAUGCUCCAUGUGCAGGAUGGGCUACGCGAGAUGGCCGGCGAGGCACUUGGCCUGAUGCGCUUCCGCCGGGGCGCUUGCACCGGUGAACGACGGGUGGGUUUCGGGUGA